GCUCCCUUUCCGCUCGGAGGCGCUCCUGGGGCGGCGGAGUCAGAUUGCGGUUGCGGGUAGGAAGAGCCGGGGUCGUGGCUGACAUGGAGCAGCCCUGCUGCUGAGGCCCAGCCCACCCCGGCUGGAGGUGGCGGCCCGCCAGGAUGAGCAAGCUGUCCGGGGACCUGCUGGCCCGCGACCUGGAGCGCAGCCUGCCGGCCGUGGCCUCCCUGGGCUCAUCGCUGUCCCACAGCCAGAGCCUCUCCUCGCACCUCCUUCCACCGCCGCUGCCGGAGAAGCGCCGGGCCAUUUCCGACGUCCGCCGCACCUUCUGUCUCUUCGUCACCUUCGACCUGCUCUUCAUCUCUCUGCUCUGGAUCAUUGAGCUGAACACCAACACAGGCAUCCAGAAGAACCUGGAGCAGGAGAUCAUCAACUACAGCUUUAAAACUUCCUUCUUUGACAUCUUUGUCCUGGCCUUCUUCCGCUUCUCCGGACUGCUCCUGGGCUAUGCCGUGCUGCGGCUCCGGCACUGGUGGGUGAUUGCGGUCACCACGCUGGUGUCCAGUGCAUUCCUCAUCGUCAAGGUCAUCCUCUCUGAGCUGCUCAGCAAAGGGGCCUUCGGCUACUUGCUCCCCAUCGUCUCCUUUGUCCUCGCCUGGUUGGAGACCUGGUUCCUUGACUUCAAAGUCCUACCUCAGGAGGCUGAGGAGGAGCGAUGGUACCUUGCCGCCCAGGCUGCUGUCGCCCGAGGACCCCUGCUUUUCUCCGGUGCUCUGUCUGAGGGCCAGUUCUAUUCACCCCCAGAGUCCUUUGCAGGGUCUGACAAUGAAUCCGAUGAAGAAAUUGUUGGGAAGAAAAGCUUCUCCGCCCAGGAACGGGAGUACAUCCUUCAAGGGAAGGAGGCCAUGGCGGUGGUGGACCAGAUCUUGGCCCAAGAAGAGAACUGGAAGUUUGAGAAGAAUAAUGAAUAUGGGGACACUGUGUACACCAUCGAAGUUCCCUUUCACGGCAAGACCUUCAUUCUGAAGACCUUCCUGCCCUGCCCCGCGGAGCUGGUGUACCAGGAGGUGAUCCUACAGCCUGAGAGGAUGGUGCUAUGGAAUAAGACAGUGACCGCCUGCCAGAUCCUGCAGCGAGUAGAAGACAACACCCUCAUCUCCUACGAUGUGUCUUCAGGGGCCGCGGGUGGCGUAGUCUCCCCCAGGGACUUUGUGAAUGUCCGACGCAUCGAGCGGCGCCGAGACCGAUACCUGUCCUCGGGCAUCGCCACCACACACUGCGCCAAGCCCCCGACGCACAAAUACGUCAGGGGAGAGAAUGGUCCUGGGGGCUUCAUCGUGCUCAAGUCGGCGAGUAACCCCCGAGUCUGCACCUUCAUCUGGAUCCUUAACACAGAUCUCAAGGGCCGCCUGCCCCGGUACCUCAUCCACCAGAGCCUCGCAGCCACCAUGUUCGAAUUUGCCUUCCACCUGCGGCAGCGCAUCGGAGAGCUGGGUGCCCGGGCAUAAGGGUGCCUCCUCGCCACCCUGCGGGCCAGGGUCCUGUCGCCACGGCCUCCAGAGCCAGAGGGGGGCACUGCUUGGGCUUCCCGCUGCCCACUGAGGACCUGGCCUCAGCAGUGGAGAGGAAGGCGCUUCCUCCCCAGCAGCACUGUGAACUGAGCUGCCGCCCAACACUGAGCCGGCUGAGGGCCCAAGCGUGGGGACUGUGCCGCUGCGCCCGAAUGGGCCUUUCCUGCCAGCGGUCACACGGCCUCCUGCCUCUGGGAGGAGCAGACCCACUGUCCCCUACCUGGCCUGGGGCAGGGUCUGGAACGGGAGCCACGGACUCGGCGGGAGAGGACCCUGCGCAGGACUGAAGUUAGGGCAGCUUGUCACCAGUGUGAAGGUGUGGGAGCCCCUUCUGCCUGCUCUCGCAUCACGGUUUUUUAGGAUUAUUUAAAGGGUCUGGGACCUUUCUCCACUUGCACUUCCACCUGUAGGGGUGUGGGUGGCAGGUGGGGGUGGUGGGCACUGGCGGGGAACCUGCCUCUCCCAGGUUCUCUCCAGGUUGCUGCCCUCCACCCCCACCCCUAGGACCUCCUUGGGGACCUUUGUAAUUUGAGCCAAUUAAAAACAGGAACUCAAAAAAAAAAAA